AUGAGCAACCACAGCGUCGUCAGGGAAUUUGUGCUGCUGGGCUUUUCUCAUCUCCAUGAGUUCCAAGUCAUCCUGUUUGCUUUCAUCCUGCUGAUCUAUGUACUGACGGUGCUCGGGAACCUGGGCAUCCUCACCCUCACCUGCCUGGACUCCCGCCUCCACUCACUCAUGUACUUCUUCCUCUGCAACUUCUCCCUCUUGGAGGUGCUGGUCACCUCCACGGUGGUACCCAGGAUGCUGGUUGACCUGCUGUCCACACGAAAGACCCUGUCGCUGGCUGAGUGUCUGACCCAGUCCUUCUUCUACUUCUCCCUGGGCUCCACCAACUUUUUAAUCCUCACGGUAAUGGCCUUUGACCGCUACGUGGCCAUCUGCUGCCCCCUGCACUACCCCACCAUCAUGAGUGGCCCGGUCUGCGUGAAGCUAGUGGUGGCCUGCUGGGUGGUGGGCUUCCUCUCCAUCAUCUCCCCAACCCUGCAGAAGACCAGACUCUGGUUCUGCGGCCCGAACGUCAUCGAUCACUACUUCUGCGACUCUGCCCCACUGCUUUGGCUGUCCUGCUCAGACACACACCACAUUGAGCACAUGGACUUCUUCCUGUCACUGUUCUUUGUGCUGGUCACCGUGCUGCUUAUUCUGGCCUCCUACGACCUCAUUGUGGCCACGGUGCUACGCAUCCCCUCUACCUCGGGGCGCCAGAAGGCCUUCUCCACCUGUGCCUCCCACCUCACCGUGGUGGUGCUGCGCUACGGUAGUGCCAUCUUCAUCUAUGUGCGGCCGGGCAAGGGCCAUGCCACGCACCUUAACAAGGUGGUGGCCAUGAUGACAGUGGUAGUCACCCCCUUCCUCAACCCCUUCAUCUUCACCUUCCGGAAUGAGAAGGUCAAGGAGGUCAUUGGGGAUAUGGCCAAAAGGGUCCUCCUUGGAAGCCCAGCAGACCGGGGGUGAGAGGACCAGGGGCACAUGGCAUGUCACAGCAGUGAGGAGCCUCCACCAGGUGGGAGCCAGGUGGGCAACCCAACGCAUU